GCGUACCCUGAUUUGCACAAACAAGAAAAAGAAAAGGAAAAGUACACACAAUAGAACAGUAUGGUGGUGUGGCGGAUGUGACUGAAGAAAUUAUGUGAAAAAGUGAAUAUAGCUGCUAAAAUAUAUGGUUUAAAUCUUCAUUGCGAAUCAUACUAACGAACUAUCGUAAUACAGUGCAAAUUCCCUUGCUUCAUCGCUUCGUUUCCUUCCUUCCCAGUUUUGGGGGAAAACGGUGUUCGCGUUUCGUGCUACUCGGAUCCGGACAAUAACAUACAUACACGCUCACCACUGAUUCGUUGUGUGCCAACAACAAGCUUUUCUUUUGCCAUUUUCCAAGCCAGUAUUUCUUCACCCUAGACGCACUUCACAAGAAGACCGUUUCCAAUGUACUGUUUGUGAUUGUGUGUAUCUUAAGCUAAUUCUACGUAUUUUACGCGUCUGUUACGCAUCGACCUACCAGUGACCCCUCGCGAUAUUCGCGUAUGAACAUUGUAUAUAUCGAUAUAGUUUUUUUUAUUAACCGCGAAAAGUGUCGACGGUAAUAGCUCUCAGGCGUAGUAAAAGUGGUGCGCACAAUGGCCGAUAAAUGGGUUGGCAAGUCCGUGUCGAUACACUGUCGCAAUGAUAUCGGCAUCUUUCAAGGGAUAAUUAAACGCGUCACCCCGUCUGUGGUGGUCAUCACAAAAGCGGUCCGCAAUGGUAUACCGCUAAAGAAGAACAACGUGGAGGUGACGCUGUGUGCGGCGGAUAUUGCCAAGCUUGAUCUGAUUUCGUGCAGUAACGUUCCGAGCAUUCCAUCGAAACCGGUAGCAACGGUGGUUGCCAAUUCGGGCAUGGUAACCUCACUGGAUGAUCAGUAUGAUGGGCUGAAGUUGAUGAACAACGGCAAACAGCACCAGUCGCAACAGUUUCAAAAUGGCACUGGCAGUGCAUUCAAGCUGGCCAACAAAUCUCCCGCUCAAAACAAAUACACUAAUAAUGCCCUGAACAGCAGCACGCAGGGUGCCAACGUCGGUUCCAACAAGAGCACCAGUAAUCCCAUCGACAUUAAUGGUCCCACAUCGAAAUCAAAUCACCUGACAGCAUCGUCGGUUUUGUCUGCGGGAUUUGUCGGGUCGUUCGGUAAUGGGCGCCCAGUUCCUACGAGCCAAUCGUUACCAUACUCCGAUGGUAGCGCAAAGAAGCCCGGUAACAAUGGCAAUGGGAAGAUGUCUCGCAGUCGGAAGAAUCUGGCUAAGGAUAGCACUUUCGGCUCGCCAGAUGACGAUCCACUGAUGAUGGAUGUGGAGUUUGAUUUCGAGAAGAAUCUAGCAUUGUUCGACAAACAGGCGAUCUGGAACGAAAUCGAUGCGAACCAAACGAAAGCUUCCGAGGGUGAUCGCAAGCAACGGAAUGCGGCGAAUUCAGCAGUUAAAACAAAGUACCGCCAUGAUGAGAAUGUACUCGUAUCGACACCAGCUCAGUAUAGACAGAUUGAGAUCAAAUGCUCUAGCGGAUCGGACACAAGCCGUGAAAGUCAGGAGUAUGUUACGGACGAAGGUUUGGUGAUACCAUCCGUACCGGCUACACUGCGCCACACGGUAGAGGAGUAUGCCGUCAGCAUGGGAUUGUCGCGUGAACGGCAGCACGAUUUUCUGGCCCGUGGUGCUACCGAACUAGCGCUUCAGCUGCUUGGCGGUUCGAGGCGUCUUACGCCCAACAAUCAGCAUCAGUGGCCCAAGAUUGUGGUCGUGUGCGAAGGUACAUUGGAUGAAGUCGGUAUAGCAACGGCCAGACAGCUCGCCAGUCAUGGUCUGGAGACGGUCGUCUACUUGUCAUCGCUAACGGAAGCAACGCAGAACAGCUCCGAGGUGCCAUUGUAUAUGGCUACGGGCAAUAAAAUUUCAGUUGAUGUUCAUACUCUUCCUCCGUGCGAUCUCGUGAUUGCUUCGGUGCAGAAUUCAAAGCUUACGGAUCAGAUGCGCAAAUGGAUAGGCUACAGCCGGGCGCCAGUGCUAGCGAUCGAUCCUCCGGGUGUUGGACUCGACGGUGUAGCUAUAAAAUGUUCCAUACUACCCAUUUUACCGCUGGACGGGAUCGAUCAAAAUGAUGCCUGUGGACGAUUGUACCUGUGCAACCUUGGAAUACCGAAUCAAAUCUUUCGCCGUGCUGGCAUCAAGUAUAAAAGCCCGUUCGAUAAGUUUGUCAUACCGAUCCACCGAAGAAAGGACGAAUAAUUGACCACGAGAGAGAGAGAGAGAGAGAUUAACAGACAACGUUUCCGUUUGGACACUGGAUUACUUUUUAUUUUCACUCAUUUUCAACUCUGUUUUGUCCUUUGCAAACACCCGCAGAUUAAUGUAAUCAUCCGGCACGUAAAUAGUGUAUGGUCAACAGUAAACUACAAGUACGAUAUAAGAAAAACAAAACCAAUGUUUUUUGGUAAUCUCGUGAUUAUUAGUACAACUUACAACCCCGUAAUUGGCGAAUGUGAAAUAGAAAGUCAAUCUCAUCAACAGUUUCAAUAAAAUCAAAAUUCACCCUACAGAAACAACACACACUCCCCAUACAAA